AUCGGUGAUGACAAUGAACGAUACGUUGUUACAUUUGGGGAACUUUACCACAAGGCUACUAAUUUUGCAAGAGCUCUAGUUCAAAUUGGAAUUAAGAGAUAUGAUAAAAUUGGACUCAGUGGUAAAAAUGUUCAGAAUGGCUUUUUGCUGAUUUGGGUGAGAUGGCGGGUGGUUGCUCGCUGUGUUUGCCAUACCAACAAAAAGAAGAAACCAUGGUAGAAUUGUUUAAUGUAUUAGGGAAGGUAAAGAUACUCAUCAUUGAUCUAGAUGAAAGUGGUCAUAACUGUCAUAUGACCAAAAACUUACUUCACAAGAAUUUAACCUCAGGCGAAAAUGAUGGCAGAAAAAUUUCAGAAUUACAACAAAUUAUAUUAUUUUGCAAACAUGAGGCAUUUCCGUCGCUAAGCAAUGUUCGAGAUUUGUGCUCCCUUGAGACUGAAGCAGUUCUGCCGAGAAUUGAUCCAGAGGAUACGUCAAUUAUUCAACUGUCUUCGGGUUCAACAAGUGUACCAAAGGCAAUACCUCAUUCGCACUAUGACAUGGUUGUGCUAGGGUAUCACUCUUCCAAAACAUACCCAACAGAUAACGAAAAUGAGAUCUUAUACAAUAGCAAUCCUUUCUUUUGGAGUGGAGGGUAUCCAUUUUGGGAAAUCAGUAGCGGUGGAACACGAGUCACAAAGACAAAUGCAUUCCAAUUUGCUUCAACUGCAGAUGCAGCUAUGAUUUCCUGUGAGGUUAUAGCUAGAGAAAAACCAACUCGAGCAUUCUUUGUUCCAUCCUUACUAGAUGUUAUAAUUAAAAAGAAUAUGCCAUUGAAAGUACCAAGAAUUGUCAUUGGAGGCUCAGUUGUUCCAUCCUCAAUAUUAGAAAGUAUUGGCAAAAUAUGUGACGAAUAUCAAGUCGAAUUUGGUUCAACAGAGGUUGGUUUUGUUGCAUCUCGAUUGCUUACUGUAGACGAUAAGUCAAAGGAAAAGCACGCGGCUCUUAGCUAUCGAUUACUUCCUGGAGUAGAGAUAAGGAUAACUGAUCAGAAUGGAUACCUCAAACCGGUUGGUCAGCGAGGCAAAAUAUGGGUACGAUCAAUAACGAAAUUCUCUGGAUAUCUUAAUCACGAAAAACCGAUGGAGGGAAAUUUUAUAAAAAAUGGAUGGUUUUGCCACGAAGACUCUGGUUUUGUUACAGAAAAUAAUGCUCUGAUCGAAGAGGGCCGGUGUCAAGAGGUUAUUCAAGUCAUAAGCCGAAGAAUUUAUCCUGUUGAGAUUGAGAAUGCUAUCAAGUCUAAGCACAACGUAAUUUCAGCCAUUGUGAUGCCAGUUAAAGACUUGGAUUCCGGCGAUCUGGUUCCAACUGCUGCCAUAAUAUAUCGCCCACAUUGUGAGGAUUCCGUAAAGAUUAUGCAGGAAUAUCUCCAAAAAAAAUUCAAAAUCACGACAGACAAUCAGUUGCUUGGAUAUAUAUACGUCCCGCAUGUGAUCAGAACUUUAAAAAUGUCCACGGCUAGCAAAUGGAAAGCCUGAUCGUAACGCAGUUCGACAAAUCAUUCUCGAAAACGCUGAUUGUAAGAAAAAUUACGAUUGUUCUUUUAAAUACAACCUUCACUGAUCUAUCUAUAUCAUUAUUGUCUCCAAAUUUCUUAUAUUGUAUUAGAUAUUUAAUCGGAAAAGUCAAUAAAAUGCUGAUUACAUUAAUUCUACUUUUUACACUGAAUAGAAUGAUUUUCAUGAUGAUCAUGAUUUGACGGUCCGUGACACCAGACCCAAGGGCCAUAAAACUCGGACGAGCUCACUAUUGAUCUCAGUUUCACUUUUACCAAAAGAAACAUUUAGUAGAAAAUGAGGCUGAGGUUAAAAGUGAGCUUGCCUUAG